GGGACAGGAGGAAACGCGGCACCAGCAGCAUCUCAUCUACUCUCCUUGACACCUCCUCCCGGUGGCUCCAGCCAGACCCUAGAGGUCAGCCUUGCAGACCAACAGGAGGACUCCUAGCGUUCCCUUUUCAAGAGGUCCCCAGACCCCGGCUGCCCUCUUCCAGCGCCUGUGGCUAGCGCAAGGAGGCACCAGUGCUCUGAGGCUGUCGCGUGGUGCAGCGUCGAGCAUCCUUGCCGAGGUCCUUUCUGCUGCCUGUCCCGCCUCACCCCGCUCCAUCACACCAGCUGGCCCUCUUUGCCUCCCUUUCCCAGAAUCUUUAAGCUCCGAAUCCCACCAGCGCCUCCUACCAACCUCACCCCACCCCGUCCCUGUGCCUUCCCGCGCUCCGGUGUCCCCCGCUGCCAUGAGCUCCCCCAUCAGCAAGAGCCGCUCGCUUGCCGCCUUCCUGCAGCAGCUGCGCAGUUCGAGGCAGCCCCCGAGACCGGUGACAUCUACCGCGUACUCGUCCCCUCAGCCGCGAGAGGUGCCAGUCUGCCCGCUGACAGCUGGUGGCGAGACUCAGAACGCGGCCGCCCUGCCGGGCCCCACCAGCUGGCCACUGCUGGGUAGCCUGCUGCAGAUUCUCUGGAAAGGGGGGCUCAAGAAACAGCACGACACCCUGGUGGAGUACCACAAGAAGUACGGCAAGAUUUUCCGCAUGAAGUUGGGUUCCUUUGAGUCGGUGCACCUGGGCUCGCCAUGCCUGCUGGAAGCGCUGUACCGCACCGAGAGCGCGUACCCGCAGCGGCUGGAGAUCAAACCGUGGAAGGCCUAUCGCGAUUACCGCAAAGAAGGUUACGGGCUGCUGAUCCUGGAAGGGGAAGACUGGCAGCGGGUCCGGAGUGCCUUUCAAAAGAAACUAAUGAAACCAGUGGAAGUGAUGAAGCUGGACAACAAAAUCAAUGAGGUCUUGGCUGAUUUUAUGGGCAGAAUAGAUGAGCUCUGUGAUGAAAGAGGCCACAUUGAAGACUUGUACAGCGAACUGAACAAAUGGUCGUUUGAAAGUAUCUGCCUCGUGUUAUACGAGAAGAGAUUUGGGCUUCUCCAGAAGAAUGCAGGGGAUGAAGCUAUGAACUUCAUCAUGGCCAUCAAAACAAUGAUGAGCACGUUUGGGAGAAUGAUGGUCACUCCAGUCGAGCUGCACAAGAGCCUCAACACCAAGGUCUGGCAGGACCACACUCUGGCCUGGGACACCAUUUUCAAGUCAGUCAAAUCUUGUGUUGACAACCGGUUAGAGAAGUACUCUCAGCAGCCUAGUGCAGAUUUCCUUUGUGACAUUUAUCACCAGAAUCGGCUUUCAAAGAAAGAAUUGUAUGCUGCUGUCACCGAGCUCCAGCUGGCUGCAGUGGAAACGACAGCAAACAGUCUCAUGUGGAUUCUCUACAAUUUAUCCCGUAAUCCAAAAGUGCAACAAAAGCUUUUUAAGGAAAUUCAAAGUGUAUUACCUGAGAAUCAGGUGCCACGGGCAGAAGAUUUGGGGACUAUGCCAUAUUUGAAAGCCUGUCUGAAAGAAUCUAUGAGGCUUACGCCGAGUGUACCAUUUACAACUCGGACUCUUGAUAAGGCAACAGUUCUGGGUGAAUAUGCUUUACCCAAAGGAACAGUGCUGAUGCUAAAUACCCAGGUGCUGGGAUCCGAUGAAGACAAUUUUGAAGAUUCAAGUCAGUUUAGACCUGAACGUUGGCUUCAGGAGAAGGAAAAAAUUAAUCCCUUUGCGCAUCUUCCAUUUGGCAUUGGAAAAAGAAUGUGCAUUGGUCGCCGAUUAGCUGAGCUUCAGCUGCAUUUGGCUCUUUGUUGGAUUGUCCGCAAAUAUGACAUCCAGGCCACAGACAACGAGCCUGUUGAGAUGCUACACUCAGGCACCCUGGUGCCCAGCCGGGAGCUCCCCAUCGUGUUUUUCCAGCGAUAAGAUGGCUCAGACCGUGGUAUUUGUUAACGUCAUAGCCAACUCAGGGAAGCGGACUGAGUGCUGGGAUUCAAGGCAUUCUACAGGGUUCACUGCUGGUUUACACUUCACCUGCAUCAGCGCCAUCCUCAGGUGCUUAGAAUGGCCUGGGAGCCUGUUCUCUCUCGCAUCUUCCAUGACAUGAAAGGGAGAGGUUACGAACCGUUUCAGCCCCUGGCUGCCACAUUCACUGUCUGAAUCUUUAAUUCCCAAGAAUAAGUUUACAUUUCACAAUGAAAGACCUACAACAGCUAAAUUUUCUGGGGCUGGGAGUAAUACUGACAAUCCAUUUACUGUAGCUCUGCUUUAAUGUACUACUUAGGGAAAUGCCUGCUUAAUAAUGGAAGCCAAGCUAAAUGAUCGUUAAAGUGAUCAAGCCUCCCAUGAAAUUGCGUUCUUCCUGAAUUGAAAUAGAAACAUUAUUGGGAAACUAGAGAACACCUCUAUUUUUAAAAGGACUUUAAUGAAGUCAGACAUCUUAUAAGACUAGUGAUUCACUGGGGCAUAAUUUUGUUAGAGGACCUUAAAAUUCUUUAUUUUUUUAAUGUGAUUCCUUUAUGACAUUAGGGUAAGGAUGAAGCAACAAUUUUUAAAUUGUGUAUGUGCAUAUGAAGCACAGACGUGCGUGUGUGUGUGUCUGUGUGUUUGUCUGUGUAUGUGUGUGUGUUCUAAUGGUAAUUUGCCUCAGUCAUUUUUUUUAAUAUUUGCAGUACUUGAUUUAGGGUCUGUGGUGGAGGGCAAUGUUUCGAAGUUUAGUCACAGCUUUAAAAUAUUCAAUGUGACUUUAAUAUUAUAAAAUGAUUUCCCAUGCCAUAAUUUUUCUAUUAAAUAGGACAAUUAUAAAGCAUGCAAAAGUUAGAGAUCUGCUAUAUAACAUUUGUUUUGUGAUUUGAACUCCUAGGAACAAUAUGAUUUCAUAAAUGUAAAAUGCAGAGAAAUGCAUGUAAUACUUGUAAGACUUAAAAAUUGUGUUUACAGAUGGUUUAUUUGUGCAUAUUUUUACUACUGCUUUUCCUAAAUGCAUACUGUAUAUAAUUCUGUAUAUUUGAUAAAUAUUUCUUCCUACAUUAUGUUUUUAGAAUGUUUCAGAAAUAUACAUUUAUGUCUUUAUAUUGUAAUAAAUGUGUACCUAUCUAGGUAUAUGCUUUCUCUCUGCUGUGAAAUUAUUUUUAGAAUUAUAAAUUCACAUGUCUUGUCAGAUUUCAUCUGUAUGCCUUCAAAUUCUCUGAAAGUAAAAAUAAAAGUUUUUAAAUAUU